AACUUUCCUGCACUCAUUGUCCGUGUCUCACGUCAUGGAAAGAGUUGGGUUACUUCGGUGCUGAACGUAAAGGGAUAUACUCGCCGAAGAGAACUGAGGAGAGGAGACCGGGGCCCUGAACUCAAACCCUACAACAACAGGAGUGAAAACAGGACGAACAGGACUCUGAGAGAGAAAAGCAGCGUUUUGUUGGUAAAAUGGAGCGGGCUGGUGACGGAGUGAGGCUCGGGUCCCAGGAUGCCUUCACCAUGUCUGUGUGUCUUUGUGCUGCUGCUGCUGAGAUAAUGUUUUGAUAUCACGCGUGUGCGUGUGUUUGGGAGGCGCAGAGCUUUGUGUUUUUCUCCUUCCUCCUCUGUGGCGACCAGUAAACACUCAGCACAGGAUUAUUACUGCAGCACGGUCUUCACUGCGAGCUGCAUUCGGUGUCUUUGGUGAGUUAGCCGGUGUUUAAAUAGCCGAGCUGAGGAUUUGUGUUCGCCUGCUGGACCAGAAACAGGGGAGCUGGAUUUAGGCGGCCUUUGGAUUUUAAAGUUUCUUGCGAAGAUUCAUAUUUAAGGCUGAAUGCUGGAUCUGGACUUGUUAUUGUAACUGGAAGUUCACGCGUUGAGAAUGUGAGGACUUUGGCUUUGAAGUAUUAAAAUGUAGCACUGAACUGUUUGAGAAGCGUUUGGAUCUGUUUGUAUAAAAAUAUUUUUUUGUUCCACUAAAAAAGCUAGAAUAGCUUACAGACUGUUACUGUUAUAUAAGCACAGACUGUUUUCAUUAACAUUUAACACUGUAGGCUGCUUUGCCCUCGCCUUUGUAUCUCCAGAUUAGACCCUUUUUGUUACAGAUCACCUGAUUGGCACCAAAGACAUAACUAGGCUGCCUUCUUUGUGGGUUUAGUGUUUUUGCAGGCAGGUUAGUUUGUGAACGGACUACAUUUUCAACAUUGUUCAACAGUAUGGAAGGGAACGCUUUUACAACCAGUAAUCAAGUGAAGCUUUGAGUUCUGCUGUGUCUGUUUGGUUUUUGUUUACAGUUGUGAGAUGAGGUGAAUCACUAGAGAGACUAAAGGAAAUUGAUCUUGUGCCACGCUCUUUGUUUUCGUCUUGCUCUCUGGCAUCUGAAGAAGUCAAAAUGUCACUGAAAGCCAAAGCACUUUACACGUUCCAAAGUGAGAACAAGGAGGAGAUCAGCAUCCAGGAGAACGAGGAGCUGGUGAUUUUUGACGAGAACUCUGUAGACGGCUGGCUGCGGGGAGAGAACAGUCGUGGGGAGAGAGGCCUCUUCCCGGCUUCGUACGUGGAGAUCAUUCGGCCGCGUUCCAACUCGAACCAGACUGACUGCUCCCUCAGCCCUGCGGGUUCACCGGGCAAAGACUCGCCCUACUUCCUCCACUCCACCAGCUACGACGAUGACGAUGAUGAUUGGGAUGACUGGGAUGAUAGCUCUACAGUGGUCGAAGACGAAGACCCUCGCAGAGCGGUGGGUGCGAACGGCCAUGCUCACCAGAGCCCGUACCCCAACCCCAACGUGCAUUACCGCGCCAAGCCCCACAUGGAGCGCCAGGACAGCAUCUCUAGCUCCAGGAAAGGCAGUAUGGUGGGCCGGAACCUCAACCGCUUCUCCAGUUUUGUGCGCUCAGGGGUGGAGGCAUUUGUCCUCGGCGACGUGCCCAUGAUGGCGAAGAUAGCCGAGUCCUACUGCAUAGAAAUGGGCCCUCAGGGGCCUCAGUGGAAGGAGAGUCCUCAGCCUUUUUGCUGCUCCAUUGAGGACCCCACCAAACAGACCAAGUUCAAAGGCAUUAAGACGUACAUUUCCUAUCGAGUCACUCCCAGUCACACUGGCAGGCCUGUGUACCGCCGCUACAAGCACUUUGACUGGCUGUACAACCGCCUGCUGCACAAGUUCACUGUCAUCUCCGUGCCCCACCUGCCCGAGAAGCAGGCCACUGGGCGCUUCGAGGAAGACUUCAUCGAGAAGAGGAAGAGGCGGCUCAUCCUGUGGAUGAAUCACAUGACCAGUCACCCAGUGCUCUCUCAGUACGAGGGCUUUGAACAUUUCCUCAUGUGUGGAGAUGACAAGCAGUGGAAGCUGGGCAAGCGGCGGGCGGAGAAGGACGAGAUGGUAGGGGCUCACUUCAUGCUCACCCUCCAUAUCCCCAACGAGCAUCAGGACCUGCAGGAUGUGGAGGAACGCAUCGACUCCUUCAAGGCCUUCGCCAAGAAGAUGGACGACAGUGUGAUGCAGCUGACACACGUGGCCUCUGAGCUCGUCCGCAAACAUCUCGGAGGCUUUCGCAAGGAGUUUCAGCGGCUAGGGAACGCUUUCCAGUCCAUCAGCCAGGCUUUCAUGCUGGACCCACCAUGCAGCUCCGACGCCCUGAACAACGCCAUCUCGCACACCGGACGGACGUAUGAGAACAUUGGGGAGAUGUUUGCGGAGCAGCCCAAAUAUGACCUGUUCCACAUGCUGGACAAACUAUCGCUGUACCAGGGCUUGUUGUCCAACUUCCCAGAUAUCAUUCAUUUACAGAAAGGUGCGUUUGCGAAGGUAAAGGAAUCGCAACGUAUGAGUGACGAGGGGAAGAUGGAUCAGGAAGAGGCGGACGGCAUUCGGAAGCGCUGCAGGACAGUGGGCUUCGCCUUGCAGGCAGAGAUGAACCACUUCCACCGUCGCAGGGAGGUGGACUUUAAAGAGAUGAUGCAGGCCUACCUCCGCCAGCAGAUUGCCUUUUACCAGCGCGUGGGUCAGCAGCUGGAGAGGACCCUCCACAUGUACGACAACCUCUAGAGUAUGAGCCAGCCAUUGGAAGCAUUAUUAGCCUGCAGGAACGUCAUUAACCCGCGUGGAGAGCUUGUCCUGCUUCUACGCAGAGCCGCUUAAUCUCUCUAGAUCUUGAAGGUUUACAAAGAUGCCCCACACCUUAGAGGCGACACAUGAAUUCAAUCAUUUCUAAGUCAUUGUCAAUGGCUUUUACAGAGACGGUUGGACUGAAUAUGUUGUGGACAUGAAUAUGGUCAGAUUUUAGAGAAAAUCAGAAUGCAAGUGAGGACCAAGCACUAGCUCAUGCACUUAAAAAUGUCACUUUCUUGGCUGCUUUUCAUAGCCAACAAACAGAAUUCCAGGGACUCGCACAGUUCACGUUGCCUUGAUGGAAAAAUAUCCUUGUAAUUGUAUCUAUCAUCUUAUUUUGUUACACAUAUUCCAUUUAAUUUAAGCAUAUUUGCUAAGUAAAGUAAGUCCUUACGUCAUAAUUUGUACUCUUGACCAGUUGUGACCUCUCAGUCUCAGGUUGAGUAGCUUUUCUUGAGCAAGGUCUCGAUGCAAGCCAUUAUCGUCCAUUAGUGACGUCUUUAUUGAUCAAGCUCUGCAGGUGCCAGAGCUGCAUGAGUGAAAACUGUGCUCUCUUUCAGACUAAACAAAUCUAGAAUUAGCUUAGCCAAUGUCUGAUGAUUGUGACAUUUGCGAGUGCUUAAAAACUUUUAAAAAUGCUAGAAGUUUACUUUUAUUAUCUUGUUUUUUUUCCAGACAGCAGACUAAAAUUUGGUUGCCUUGCCUGUUUCUGGCUACUAUGUCCACCAGUUAAAUAUGUCUUAGAACAUUCCAGUAGCACCAGCAUUUCAGCUAACCCAAUAUGGGAAGUAUUCUGAGAGAUUUUAUGAAUGCACCCUGUAUUUGUUGGAAGGUUUAGCUUUGAGUGGAUCUGCUUUUGGAGCAUGACAAGCACAAAAGGGACUCCCUCCCAACUACUUCUUUUAAGAAGUACCUGAGGGGACUGCCACUUUUAGUGGUAUAUUUUUGGUCAGAUAUGAAUAGGUUAGUUAUUUUUUAGGAGGAACUUUUUUUUUUACGUAGACUUUAAUGGAGGGUGGAUAGGGUUAGUGUUCUUCUGAGUGCUAGAUAGUGUAAGAGAGAGUUCCUCUGCAGUCUUUCAGAAAUGUGAGUUCAUGAUUUCAUGUUUGACACAUUGCAAAAACAUCACAGAUUCAGGCUAGAGAUGAGGGUAGCUUUUGUAGUAUUUUUCUGUGUACAAUUUUUAACAUUCACGUCAUUUUUACGAGUUUUGACACAAUUUACAAUUUACUGUCAUUUGCACAUUUCUCUCCUGUUCUGACGAUGGUUGAGGAUUUCUGAACUUUCUUCUUCGAACAGAUCUCCUCACUCAAACACGAGAGCUAACAAGUUAGCUUGUGCUCCUGUAAUAAGGAACACUUUUAAACAACAGUGCGUCAAGAAUGCUACCGCUAAAAGGUUGAGGCCAUACAUUUGGCGUGCUUUCACACCUACCUUGUUUGGUAGACCUAUCAAACUUUUUCUUUAGUGCGGUUCUUUUUGACAGGUGUGAACACCUGUACUCGGGUCUGCACCAGACAACAGAGCUGUGGUCCACCAAAAAUAGUGCUUCCAAGCGAAGCCUGGUUUAGUUCCACUGCUGUUGGGAACACAUUUUUAUGAUGGUCAACACCAAACAAGAGUCCACAUCAGAACAUGCUUUCCUCUUCUCCUAGCAGCAUGUUAUCGCUGUACUGUCUAUAGAAACUGUCUGUUUUAUCGUCUGAUUUUUUAAAAGACGCUCAUAUCAUUCUUGCAGCACAAGCUGCUGCUGAUAACAGAAAACGAGCAAUAAAAUAGUCCAGUAAUCCCUUUUGAUUUUGGCUAAUGGAUCGCAGAACAUAUGUUUGGCAUCAGCGACCUGAUUGGUUAAUUAGCAAACCAAUCAUAAACCAGGUUUAAAUUAAGGCACAUGUGAAAGUAACAGAGCAGCUGUUUGCAACUUUAGCCAUUGCUAAACCAACCGAGCCAAAUGAAAAAAAUACAGUGUCACAAAAACCCAAACUUUGCUGCAGAAUUUAGGAAGCUAGGUGUGGAAACAGCUUUAAAGUAACCAGUUUCACCAGUACCUGUUGUGGUGGCCAUGGUGCUGUGUCUACAGUUACUAUAAACAGAACUGGUUUCCUCUUUCCUUCCAGGCUCUGAGUCCCUGUACCUGCUUUUUGUUAGGGAAACAGCAUGCUGGAUGACCGUUGAUGACCAAACUCUUAGCUAUGAAUGUUAACCAAGGAUUUUCCAUUCUAGUGUGUCAGUGAUCAUAGUCUCUUGUGUGAGAGGUAGGAAUCUUCAUAGACGUGACAGUGAUGCAGUUUAAGUAUCAAAAUCCUCAUGGUAAUUAAUACAUUCCUUCAUACAAAGAAUCAUUCAUUCAUGUAAUGUUCAGAUUUACAUGUAGUUCUAGUUCCAAUAAGAGGUUCCAGCAUUUUGAUCCCAGCUGUUUAUUUGAUUUGCAGAGGAAUGACAUGUACAGUAGUUGACGGAAAGCAGUUCGAUCUGUUGGGGGAUUUCUUUACUGGCAAUCCAGCCAGAUAAACAAAUCCCUCUGGAAACUGGAGACCGUGGAGCAGAGACAGGUCAUGAGUCAGGGCUGAGUCUGUCCACUUGGCCAUUGCAUGCACAUUCUUAAUACAGCUGAUUUCAGGGUAAUGGAAAAGAGACCCCUCCCUUUGCACGCUCUGCAAUUGCUGACAGACCAAAGUGUUACUAGUUGUAUCUUGACUCAAAUAAACAAAGAAUUCUUCUUCCUUUUUGUACAAUUUGAGACAGGGUGUAGUAUGGCUCUUAUAAUGCUGAAGAUGGGACGUGUUGUGGAAAAGACUGGGAGUCCAGAGAGGAAGAGAAAAGCCCAUAGGACUGACUGCAAUGGACUCCACUGCUUGCUGUUGAUGGCCCUUGUAGAAAGAAAGACAGGAAUGUAUCAAAGCCAUGUUAAGUAAGGACUCUGGGGACCACAGUCUUCACACGGAUGAUUUGGACUCUGAAAGGACGUGUGAGUUUGGUUAGUAAAAUGUGUGAUUACUCUCUGUUAGGGGAAAGCUGGAAAAAAGAGCAUUGUUUUCCACUGCAGUCAUGCGCUGAAUGUCUUAAUAAAGAGAUAAUCCAAAAGUG